CCCAGAGGCCCAGUAGACAGCCUGGGCCCGAACUCGGCCGAGCGCCGGGCCUGGCGCAGCAUGCGCGCCAUGUGGGGGCUGCUGGUGGGCGGCUUCCUGCUGCGGCUGCUCCUGCUGCCGCUGCAGCUCUACCGAUCCACCGACUUCGAGGUUCACAGGAACUGGCUCGCGGUGACGCACAGCCUGCCCAUGUCCGAGUGGUACUUCGAGGCGACCUCCGAGUGGACCUUGGACUACCCGCCCGCCUUUGCCUACUUCGAGUGGCUCCUGUCGCAGGCGGCCGCUCGGGUAGAUCCCGGCAUGCUGGAAGUGCGGAACCUGGAGUAUGGCAGUCCAGCCACCGUCCUCUUCCAGCGGUGCUCGGUGAUCUGCGGCGACCUCAUCUUGGUCUUGGGCGCCUGGUGCAUGGGGGGCCUGCAGGCUGCGGUGCCUCUGCUCUGGAACUCGGGCCUGCUGGUGGUGGACCAUGUGCACUUCCAAUACAACGGAAUGCUCUACGGCCUUCUGCUCUUGUCCAUAGCUGCCAUUGAAUCCGGCCGCGUCUACGUUGGCUCGGUGCUCUUCGUGCUGCUUCUCUGCAUGAAGCACAUCUUCCUCUACGUGGCCCCGGUCUUCUUCGUCUUUUUGCUGCGGUCCCACUGCGAUGCCCGGCUCCAAUUCCCCUUCCUGCGCUGGGGUCGCCUGGUGAAGCUGGGGCUAGCGGUGCUGGGCACUUUGCUGGUGCUUCUUGGCCCCUUCCUCCAGCAGCUCCCGCAGCUUCUGAAGCGCCUCUUCCCCUUCGGCCGGGGCCUCACGCACGCCUACUGGGCGCCCAACUGCUGGGCGCUCUACAACACCCUGGACCGAGUCCUGGCCAAGGUGGUGGGCUCCAAGUCAGGCAGCGCAUCGACGGCUGGCUUUGCCGAGGUCUACGAGUCCGCGGUGCUGUGGACCGUGCCACCGCCGGCCACCUUCGUGCUGACGUUGUUGGCCUACGGCCCUUUGCUGGUGCGCAUUUGGCAGGUGACGAAGGCGGAGAGCCGCGAGAAGGGGCGCCUUGCGCUCUACGUGGCGCUGGGCUCGGCGGUGGCCUUUACCUUCGGCUGGCAUGUGCACGAGAAGGCCAUUCUGAUGGUCACGGUGCCGCUGAUGGCGGCCUCGAUCCGCAUGGACUCCAACCGGUACCCUUUGGGGCGUUUGGCCGUGGCCUUGUCUACUGUGAGCGCCUUCUCUGUGAUGCCGCUGCUGCCUCUGCAGCCCAAGGAGACGGCGGUGAAGUGGAUCCUCUUCUGCGCGGGGCUGCUGGUGGAGAGCCACUGCCUGGCGCGGCGCUUUGGGGACGACUGGACCUGGCGCAAGGUGUUGUCGUCCAUGGCGUACUUUCUGGACUGGCAACUGGUGGUGCCGGCCUACGUGCUGCUGGGCCUCUACCACGAGGCUGGCGGGCAUCGCCUACUCUUCCGGGGCAGAAUGGAGUUUCUGCCGCUGAUGCUGAUCUCCGACGUCUGCGCCGUGCUGGUGCUCACGUACUUUGGGAAGCUCUACGAGCUGCUGCCGAUUUAUGUCAAGGAGGCGAACGACUGAGGCGUCAGCCAUGCGGUGAACCGCCUCACGCGGUGUUGGCGUGCGCUUUACAGGGCGCGCGUUAUGAAGCCGCUGAUGGGAGUUCACAAGAGCAGUGCAAAAGAGGGC